UCAAGUCCAGACAGAGCAGAGGUGCAGCAGCAGACUUCACCUCACUUCACUUCUGAAUGUGUGUGUGUGUUUAAUCGUUCUUGCAAAAGCAACAAUGCGUGUUUCUCUGCUGCUCAGCUUUGUUGUGCUGCUCGGAGCUUCCGGUGCCUCUGACACCGUGGUUCCUGUUCAGCUCGGCCCGCCAUCGCUCGGGUUCAGCUCUUCGGUCCGCUCGGUGUGUAAACCAAUCCCCAGCACUUUGUCCCUGUGCCACGGGAUCGGCUACAAGCUCAUGCGGAUCCCGAACCUGCUGGGCCACGACUCUCUGCGGGAGGCUCAGCAGCAGUCGGCGGCCUGGCUGCCGCUCAUCUCCAAACUCUGCCACCGGGACACCAAAAAGUUCCUGUGCUCGCUGUUCGCUCCGGUGUGUCUGCCGGAACUCAGCGGGCCGCUCAGCCCCUGCAGGAGCCUGUGCGAGGCUGUGCGGGACGGGUGCGUGCCUGUGAUGAGCGCGUUUGGAUUCCCGUGGCCCGAGAUGUUUAACUGCAGCCGGUUCCCGCGCGGGACCGAGCUCUGUAUCCCGGCAACCGGAGAGCAGGAGGGGCUAACGGCGGAGGAGGUGAAGCACGAGGAGGCAGUGAAAGGGACCAUUAUUUGUGAUGCCUGCAGUCUGUCUGCUGAAGGAGAGACUGACAUCCAGGAAAGCUUCUGCCACAGUCCUUAUGCAUUUAAGAUGCGUCUGGGCAGUGUGUCGACAGUGGGAGGGGACCGUCAGCUGGUGCCUACGGCCCGCAGCCGCAUCCUGAGGUGGGCUGGGGGAGGUGCCGAGAGGGCCGAAGGGAUCGGAGGUGCGAUGGCACACAGUGCUUUGUGGUUGCAAGAAGGAGCCAUCUGUACUUGUCCUGGUUUAGAUUCUGCAGUUGAAAACAAAGACGGGGGGCUCGAGGAGGAAGAGAUGGAUGGAGGACAAGCUAAAGGAGGGAAGGAGAGGAUUGGGUUUCAGGGUGGAUGGUACCUGGCUUUGGCUCAGGCUGAAGAGGGAAGGCUGGUGUUGACUCGGCUGGUGAGGUGGACCCGAGAGGACAAAGAACUGAAGAAGUUCAUCAGAGCUCUCCUUAGACAGCCUUGUCCAGAGCUGUAGACAUGCAGUUACCCACUGCAGUCCUUCCUCAUUGACAGUGGUGUGGGGUCUUGUAACUGUGUGUUGCCAAAAGCAACAUCAACAUCUUGUACACUAAUAUUUACCAAAGAGCACAUCAGGAGAUAGAACUGAAUUAAUCACUUGGGUAGAGACAAUUCAGAGUUUAAAUCUAUAUCUGUAAAUCUAUAUACUUGCCUCUUUCUUUAUGCAUUAAUGUUGAUUACAAAUGCUAAAUAUCAGAACAAAGCACCAGAUCAAAACUGCAGAGCUAAAUACGCAAUACAUACAUAUGUCGCUGUAUAUGUUGUGUUAUUUGACAUGUCAGUGUUCCCUCAGAGAAUAAGAGAGCAUCGUUUUUUUUUUUUUACCAAACUGACAAUUUCAGAGUUUUGUUUACCUUUGUUUACUUCACUGUAGUUCUAAAAAUCUCUCAAUCGCAUUUCAACAAACGUUACAUCUACACAGAGCAUGCAAUUUUAAUGAGAUUUUUAUUGUAUUUUUGUGUACAUUUGUGUAUAUGGAAGAAACUAAAUGGUUUUGGUAUUAGACGGAUUCCAUCAUAUUUUCUAUUUUUGCAUAUUUGGGACGAACCAAUGUAAUUUCUGUAAUGAUAAAAUCUCCUAUUCUGUA